AUGGUGGACGUUGACCGGAAGAUGGCCGGGCUAAACCAGGCUCACUUGGCGGGUCUGCGGCGUCUCUCAGCUAGAGCAGCAGCCCGGACCGCCAUGUCAUCAAGGAAAAGUCUCGACACUCCAGGCCGUGGACUGACGCCGCGAUGGGUGGAGUUCUGGAGCGACGCCGCCGUUGACUGGCGGCAAAAGACGUCUAAUUCCUCGUCCUCCACGUCACCCGACCAGAACUUUGACAUGCCCAGAUCCGAAACGCCAAAAUGGGUAGAAAAGUACAUAGAACAGAUCGGAUCGGCGUUGAAACAAGGCGGGUGGGACGAAUCCGACGUCUCCGAGAUCGUACAAGUUUCAUCGUGUCCAUUCAUCGCCGGCGAAAUGGCGUUAUUAGACAACCAGGCGGUGCUGGACGCUCUCCUAGUCAAAGCGGAUCGUUUAUCGGAUUCGCUCCGACAAGCCGGGUGGAGCUCCGAGGAAGUUUCAAACGUAUUGUGGUUGGACUCCCGAGCGGAUAAGCAGAAGAAACCUAGUGGGAAACUGUCGCCGGAGAUUGUGGAAUGA